AUGGAAGACCCCACUACAAGGUUCUACAAAUGCAGAAAAACCUGCUGUGAGAUGCUGGAGGACAGGGGAUAUAUAAUAACACCAAGAGAGAAACUUGAAAAUUUCGCAGCCUUUAAGGAACAAUUCGAAGAAAAUGAAAAAUUACGAUCUCGAAUGACUAUUAUAACAAGCCACAAAAGUGACCCGAACAAUAAAAUAAUAGUUUACUUCGCUGAUGAAAUUAAAAAAACGGGAGUUAAACCAUUGAGAGAGUUAACAGAAAAAAUGGACGAAAAAUCAAUUCAAAGAGCAAUUCUUGUGACUCAAAAUACAUUAACACCCUUCGCUCGAGAUGCAAUUAAGGAAGCUGCCCCGAGACACAUCAUAGAAAAUUUUUUGGACACGGAAUUGUUGGUUAAUAUAACGGAGCACGAGUUGGUUCCAAGGCAUAUCCCCCUUACGAGUGAUGAAAAAAGAAAUUUGCUACAAAGAUAUAAAAUUAAAGAAAACAAGUUACCAAAAAUCCAAGAUGUGGAUCCUGUAUGUCGAUAUUUUGGUCUUUCAAAGGGACAGGUUGUUAAAAUAAUCAGGCCCAGUGAAACUGCGGGUAGAUACGUGACCUACAGACUCGUAGUUUGA